AAAGAAAUCACAGACAUACACGUGCACCGCAGACGAAAAACAUAGUAGGCCAAAAUGACGAAUAUGCGACCGCCCAGUAAAAAUAUCCUGCUAAAAGUGGUCAUACUCGGCGACGGGAAUGUCGGUAAAAGCUGCCUGAUGAAUCGUUUCGUGUCGAACUUUUUCGAUGCGAACAGCUUCCACACGAUCGGCGUGGAGUUCCUGAACAAAGACAUCCAGGUGGACCAGGAACGAUACACGCUGCAGAUCUGGGACACAGCUGGGCAGGAACGGUUUCGGGCUCUCCGGACGCCAUUCUACCGCGGCACGGACAUCUGCCUGCUUACGUACGCCAUCGACGACCGGGUGAGCUUCAAAGCCCUGGGCAGUUGGCGGGACGAGUUCCUGCGGUACUAUGACGUAAAUCCGGAUCACUUCCCGUUCAUCGUAGUGGGCACAAAGAACGAUCUACCGGUGGCCCAGCGCGAGAUUCCCCCAGAGGAAGUGGCCCAGUGGUGCCAGGAGCAUCACGUGGCGGCGUACAUCGAAACGUCAUCGAAGACGUCCGAGAACGUGGCCACCGCUUUCGCACUUGCCGUGCAGCAGUGGAAAAAGCUUGAACGUACGACUGAGCGGGAACUACGCGCGCAGGGCCAGGAUACGAUCGAUCUAAUGAAGAGUGUCAAUUUGACGGCGAACCGGAAUCGGUUCUGUUGCUCCGGCAUCGGCCGUCCGGCCACAACUAACAUGCAGGACGAUGACGACUAUCCUAACUGAGCGGUGCUUCCGGGGCCGGAGAUGGGCGUUGUUUGAUUUAUGUGAU